AAACGACCCCGGACGUGGGAGGGGGCAAAGACGUUUCCCGCCGGCGGGAGUUGUGGCUGUGACUGAAAGAGGGCCUCAGAGGCGGUGGGUCCCCGCUCUGCAGCACGAUGGCGGACCAGAUUUAUUUGGAAAAUAUAGACGAGUUCGUCACGGACCAAAACAAGAUCGUGACAUACAAAUGGCUGAGCUAUACAUUAGGGGUUCAUGUUAACCAGGCCAAACAGAUGCUGUAUGACUAUGUUGAAAGGAAGCGAAAGGAAAAUUCAGGAGCCCAAUUGCACGUCACCUAUUUGGUAUCUGGCAGUGUCAUUCAGAAUGGACAUUCUUGCCACAAGGUUGCAGUAGUGAGAGAAGAUAAAUUGGAAGCAGUGAAGUCCAAGCUAGCCGUGACUGCCAGCAUCCAUGUGUACAGCGUCCAGAAAGCCAUGCUAAAGGACAGUGGGCCUCUGUUCAAUACUGACUAUGACAUCCUUAAAAGCAACUUGCAGAACUGCAGCAAGUUUAGUGCCAUACAAUGUGCAGCUGCAGUCCCUAGAGCUCCUGCUGAAUCCUCAUCUUCCAAGAAGUUUGAAGAGUCAGAUCUUCAGGUAUCAAGUGAGAUACAAGCAAACAAUGAACUGACUAUUAAUGGACAUGGCCCACCUGCCUCCAAACAAGUUUCCCAGCAGCCCAAGGGGAUUAUGGGAAUGUUUGCCUCUAAAGCUGCUACUAAAACCCAAGAAACCAACAAGGAAACCAAAACAGAGUCUAAAGAAGUAACAAACGCAUCUUCAGCAGGCAGCAAGGCACUGGGGAAAGGGAACAUGAUGAGCAACUUUUUUGGAAAAGCUGCUAUGAAUAAACUUAAAGUCAAUUUGGAUUCAGAACAAGCAGUGAAAGAAGAAAAAACAGUGGAGCAACCUCCAAUGCCUGUCACUGAACCAAAGCUGGCAGCUCCUGCAGGCCUGAAGAAAUCCAGCAAAAAAGCAGAGCCUGUUAAGAUGCAGCAGAAGGAAAAAAAAAGGGGAAAGCGAGUAGAGUUAUCUGAUGAUGAGACAAAGGAAACUGAAAAUAUGAAGAAAAAAAGGAGAAGAAUCAAACUUCCUGAGUCUGACAGCAGUGAAGAUGAAGUCUUCCCAGACUCUCCUGGGGCUUCUGAAGCUGAGUCUCCAUCCCUACCUCCUCCUGUGUCUCCACCUCUUGAACCAGUGCCAAAGACUGAUUCUGAACCUCCUUCCAUCAAGAGCUCAAGUGGUGAAAACAAAAGAAAACGAAGACGUGUACUGAAAUCUAAAACUUUUGUGGAUGAAGAUGGCUGUAUGGUGACUGAAAAAGUCUACGAGAGUGAAUCCUGCACAGAUAGUGAAGAGGAGCUCAAGAUGAAGACAUCCUCUGUACACAGACCCUCUGCCAUGCCUGUGAAGAAAGAACCCAGAGAGGAACGAAAGGGUCCCAAGAAAGGGACUGCUGCUCUGGGCAAAGCCAACAGACAAGUGUCUAUUACUGGCUUCUUCCAGAAGAAAUAAACUAUCAUCUCUGGUAGGUCAGAGACUUGGAGUGGUCAAGGGAGAGACCAAGAAGUAUAGACUCUUCACUUACUGUGUAAGUUCAUCUAGAUGCUUACCUCACCUGUUUCAAAAGACUUCUUUCAUCCUGUGAGGUUUAUACUAUUUCUGGUUUAUAACCAAAAGGAAAUCACCUGGAAGCAGGAAGCAAAAUAAUAUUUUAAAAGCUGUUACCUUCUAAUGACAUUUGUUAAGCACAGUCUUCGGUCUGUUGAGACUUUAUUCCAAAUUAAACUGGAACAGGUUUCAGAAUUGUCAUUGAAGCCGUUUAAUGGCUAAUCCACUGUGCCCCACUCACCCUAUGCCCUGAUCUAUAUAUGGUGCAGGAAGUAUUCCUUCUUGUUCCUCUGUGUUCUAUGAACUUGUAUGGGUGUUUUUUACCUCUGAAUUCUAGUAAAUGAAUUUACUACUCCCCAUCCUCCUAUCUUCUGUUCUCCACACUUCUGUCCCCUAACCCCAUGAAGCUGUUUUCUGUACGUCUUUUAAAUCUUGGUUGGUCUAAGGCUGAAACAAAAAUCUUCCUGUAAUCCUCUCCCUCCAUCAUUCAGUACACUGACACCUGGCUACAAACCAGGACAGCUUGUGUUCUGCCCCUUUCACAAAAGCUCUCUAGACCUUCACUUGUAAUUAGUGGUUAGGGAAAAGCCUCAGGCAGAACACAAAUAGAAAUUUAAUGAUGUAUUCAACUCCACCAGAAAUUACUUAGUCAGCAUGGACGAUAUUAGAGGAGUUGUCAUGUUGCUGACAGAGAGCGUGCUUUUUGCUGCUCUGUGUGCUUUGCUGGUCUCCCCCUUCUCACUCUCAAUACUUAGAGUGAAACCCAUACAAUGAGAUAAAGACUAAAAAGAGAAACUUUUUCCUUUAUACAGUGUACAACAGUUGAAUAAAAUUUCUCCUUCCCAAGAAUGUGGAAUGUUCAGAAACAGUAAUUUUCUAGUA